ACACAGCUACGGAGGUCAUGGCUUGCCGGAGAGGAUUAACUAAUGUUAUUACAUUGUCUAAAUUAACGAAAAAAGUUUCGAUUAGUAAGCAUUAUUAGGGUUAUACCUUUUCAAUAAUUAUAUUCUAAAAGUUCAAAAUGCUAACGAUUUUGCACAAAAGUAUACAUAGUAGAUACAGUGAUCGAUAUUACAUUUUAGGCAAUCAGUACCGAACAUAUCUAUCACCAAGUUAUACGUGCACGAAUUCAUGGGCCAAACGAUUGGAAACCCCUAUAUUAAAAGAUAUCAGCACUGAGGAUUUCGCCCUCAAGAUUCAAUCAAAACUAGACAAGGGAAUUCGAAUUGCAUCUGUCGAUAUGGAUAUAUUGGCUAACAAAUUGGAGCUAAUCGAUACUAUGCAAUUGGAUUAUAUGGAAACAUUAUUCUAUAAAUUUCGUCAUACAGCUGAAGCAGUUCAUGUAAAAGAAUCAACUAAUCAUGCCUUUAUUAGAGCACUUAUUAAAUUUGGGGAAUUUGAAAGAUUAUUCAAAAUCUUACAAGAUCCAAUCAAUUAUGGAAUCUUUCUUGAUGAUUUUACAAGCAGUCAACUCUUAGAUCAUUUUAUUGUCAAUGAAGAUUUUCAUAGCGCUGCUCAGGUUGCUUAUCAAUUAAUGCUCCAAGAAGAAUUUUCUCAUCCUAUUAGUCGAAUUUUGUCUCUGCAUGGCUGUGAUCAACACUGGAGAAAACACGACUUUUCAGCUACAAAUGAAAAUGACGUUGAAGAUAAGAACGAUGAUGAAGAAGAGGAAGAAUGGAUCAGAGUAGGGUUUAUAACGCCUCCAUGGUUUGACGGUCAUUUUGACAUAAAAAAUGAACAGUGGCUAUUAGGAAAAACCUUCACAUAUUUAGGAAGAGAAAUCGAAAGCAUACUUGGUAGAAGUUAUCAACUAAUAGGACAUGGCUUAUUUGAAAAAUUUGAUCAAGGUUUAGAAUUAUUAAAGGCAGAUAAUAGUGAAAAAGUUGUUGCUAUAGAAGCGAUGGAAGCUUUUAAAAUCCUACUUGAGAAUUGCCCGACUAAAGAGGAUCCUCCAAAAAAAGAUUUGGGAGUUGUUAAAUUAGAAGACGUUAUACCUUACGUCCGGCCUGAAGAAAAAGAAAUAUAUAUUCAAGAAUUUAAUAAAAUAUAUAAUAACCUCAAAUUAGAAGGUAAACUAGAAGAUCUGGAUUUGGAGAAGGAAGUUAAAAAAUUGAUGGAAAAUACAAUAGCCCAAACUGAGGCAUACGACAUUGAAAAACAGGAAAAGCUAUAUAAAAAUUGGAAUGAGAUAAGAGAGGAAUCUCUUAAAAAAGAAAUAGAAGCAAUGAAAGUAGAUCAGGAGAAGAAAGAAAUAGCUGAGAAACUAAUUCAAUUGCAAAAUAGAGAAGAAAAGUUAUCUUAUUUUGAACAAUUAGAGAAAAUUAAACUAGGUAUUCAAAGAGGUCCGAAAAUUGUACCUAUAACCGAAGUUAAAGAAGAAGAGGAAUUUGUUGCUGCUCCUGGAGAAAGAGGUCGUAAAAAACAGUAA